UCUUUCAAACCCUCCCCUCUAUAAAUAAUAAUUGCAUUCUCAUCAUUCCAUUCAUCCAUCUUCUGCGCUUUGUUUUUUUUUUGUUUGUGAACAACAUGCAUUACCAAACCACGCCAUCUUGGGGGUGCUAUAUGGCCACCACCGCCGCCGUGGAGGAUCCGGUGGAGCGGAUAGAGCGGUUGGCAGCGGAGAACGCGGUGGUGAUAUUCAGCAUUAGUACGUGUUGCAUGUGUCAUGCUAUAAAGCGCCUGUUUUGUGGGAUGGGAGUGAAUCCAACAGUGCACGAGCUGGACGAGGACCCCAGAGGCGGGGAGAUGGAGAAGGCCUUGAUGACGCUCUUGGGAACCUCCUCUGCCGUCCCCGUCGUGUUUAUUGGUGGUAAGCUGGUGGGAGCCAUGGAUAGAGUCAUGGCCUCCCAUAUCAGUGGCACCCUUGUCCCGCUCCUUAAAGACGCCGGAGCUCUCUGGCUUUGACUCCAUUCUUCUCUGCUUCUUUUCUUUAAAGUUUUACAGAGGAAGAGGAGGGUUGAGUGUUCUUUUUCUUUUUCUUUUUCUGGGUUUGAUUUGUCAGUCCCCACUACUUUGGACAUACUAAUUAUUCAACUAAUUAUUAAUGUUCACUUUCUUCCCAUCAUUUCCUUUGAUCAGACAGAAAUGUAAUCGCUGUUAUUAUCUCCCUCCUCUGUAUUUGCUCAGUAUUUAAUCAACACAUUUUUACUCCUCUUUCAUUGUUUUCAAAUACUUCUUUCCAAAUUUGAUAUUUUAGUUGGAAAUAAGUAGUUAAACAUUCAUAGAAACUAUAUCAUGCACCCCAACAGCAAGCAGCCCUUGUCCUUGCUAAGAAGAACGAGGGAUUCCGGAUAAUUGGUAGUAAGUUCCCGACGUGGCAGUUGAACAUGUUUGGCGUUAGGCCUUCAAGAUCUUCUCCAAUUGCGUGGAAUUCAAUUGGUUGAGCACCAGCAGGUUUCUGGUACGGCGUCUAUGGCGGGGCCUCCUCCUGAAAGCAACUACUUGUGCACAUGCAAGAAAGUGCAGUCCACUAUCUUGUUCCCACGCUUUUAAAUGGGAACAACCAACCAACUUGAAUAGAUAAAAUCUAAAGUUUUAAGAUUAAAAUCGCCUCUCCCCAUCUAAGUACAACUGAACUUCACCCUCCAGGUUAAUAAUAAAGAUCAACUUUUUAAUUACCUGCUCCGACCCAUCAAGCUAUGGUUGAGCUGAUUUGAGGCUGCUUUCGUGGUGGCAGCAGUGGCGAUGGCAUCGGUCGUGGUAGUGGCGGCAGAUGCGGAUUCCCUUUCUUCAUCUUCUUGUUGUUGCAGCCAGGGAGCAG